UGAACCGAAUCGUGGGCGGACCGCCACACUACUCCGGUUGGGGAAUUCUAGAUUGUAAUAGGUCUUACAGUUGUCACGUGAUGGUGCACGCGUUUUGGUUUGAUGCUUUGAAGAACACUCGAGCAAGCUCUGCAUAAGCUAUCUCAGUCCUCAGAUUCUGUGUCUUUCGUCUUGAAAAGUUGAAGUUAAGUUUUCGAAUUUCCCCUUAUUGAUUACGGGAAAGGCUUAAGAUUUUCUUUUCUGUCUGUGUAAUCCUUUGUGGGGAAGUUGUCCACAAGGAUCAAUUUUGAAGUGUAAUUCUUUGAAUCGGGUUUUGGCGCCAUGGAAGACCUGAAAUCUGCGUUUAACGAUCAUAUAGAGCAAAUGGCGGGUCUCAUUGAGAGAUUCUCGGCGGAAAUCCGAACUGGGUUUCAGCCAGCUUAUGAGAAUUUCAUGGGUUUCUUCCAUGCCAUUGAUUGGAAGGAACCUUGGUUGAUAUGCUUGAUAUCUUUUCAUAUAUUUUUGCUGCUAAUAACUUUUGUCACAAGGAAAAAUGUCAACUUCCAGAUGUGUCUGUUCCUUAUGGCAUUGGGUGGUGUAUAUCUUGCUGAGAAGAUCAAUAGUCUCUUGGGUCAGAACUGGAAAAGCUUUGCAACCCAGAAUUAUUUUGAUCCGCAUGGCCUUUUCCUCUCCGUUCUCUGGUCUGGGCCUCUUCUCAUAAUUGCAAUCAUAAUCUUGAUGAGCACCCUUUUUUCACUAUGCCAUCUGAUCGUUAGGUGGAAAAAGGCUGAGCUCAGACACCGAGCAAGGCUCUCUCAGAGCAAGCAGGAUUGAUUUCCUCUGCAGUGCUAUGUGUCUUUUGUCAACCAUGGGUACCAAUUUGUUUGGAUUUAAAGCGUUUUGUAGUGUUUCUGGGGUUAUGUUUCUCCAAGGUCCACUGAUUUUUGGGGCCCCUUUGUUGACAGUUUAGGUCCUAUACUUAUAUGUUCAGCCUUUUAGCGCUUAAGAUUUUGGUUUUGCUGUUCAGGAAUUCAUGGCUUCUUGUGGUUUAUGUACUCGAACGGAAUACACUGGCUUUAUGGUUUAAUGUUCAAAGGUAUUGCAGUUAAGCAGUCGGGGUUCUGUAUUGUCACCUUUUUGUUUGUUCACCUCCUUAACAGGGUUCCUAGUUACUUGGCUUCAAUACAGUCCUAGUCUUCUGUGAAAUCCUCCUGAUGUAACCUGAGACCUUGCACUUCAUUACCGCUUUACUGAUGCUUUUCAAUGAAGCUGGUUCCUUAGUGUUUGUGUUC